AGGACGCAGGCCAACAGUUGUGACUAAAGUGCAGGUGGUGCCUUGUGUGGUGUCGUUACAACUUCUAUGAGGAUUAUACAUUGUGUGCAACAGUGUUGAAUGCUUUAAAGCUCCUAACGGUUGGGAACAGUGUGGUUACGGGUUGAGCGUGAAUUUAUGCAUGUAAUGAAGUGAAACAGUACCGUACCGCGGAACGAUGAACAGCGUGGACAUUUCCAACCAGAGCCAGGGAAUCCUACUGCCUUCGUACAGUACCACACUCGACUAUCUCCAGAAGCAAUCGCACCAGCAAGACACACCGUCCGAAGUUACGGCGGUCAGCUCGCCGCCAGUGAGCUACUUCCAACAGUUCUUGUAUCCUACCGACGGCGAUCCGGCAGCCGCCGGUCGGACUCUUCUACCCCGUGCGCGGGAGUUUCCCAGUCCGCUGGAUCUUUCCUUGCGCCCCACCAAUGUUCCCAUGACGCCACCCUCGACACCGUCUCCGCCGAGAAAGCGUUUAAAAUCGUUCGACGAGUCGGCGGCCGUCAUUCCGGCCACCGUACCACGUACGCUCGAUGGCUGGCGAAGCACCAGGAACCACUUCUCGGACACCGUUUGCAUCGACGACAAACGAUACUACGCCAACACGACGCUAAGCGAACGUGCGGAUCGGACGGAAGCGUUCCAAUACUUUGACGACAGUGCGCGUUCGGUUCCGUUCAAGUAUCCUUCCGUCGAUGGUGGUGAAGCACCGGGUUCGAGGGAAGGUCCCGAUGGGUCACGAGAAAAGCCGGACGAGUUUAUUGAUGUUACUCGAGGUACCGAACGACACCCACAGCAGUUGGAAGUUGAGAAUCUGACCGAUCACGACGAACGAUCGACGCGCGAUAAGUCCGAUUCCUCAAACAUUGACGUGGAGUCGCUGGACAACGAUGAUGCGGAUAGUAAAGAAUCGAUCAACAUUGUUGACAGCGAGGAGAAAGAGAACGACGAAGCGGCCGUGCUAAACGACGGUCAACGUUACUUUGCCGACGAGCGGCUUCACCUGCAAGCGAUUGAAGGAUUCGCGCGGCUGUUCGAGCGAAGCUUCCCAUCGGCGAGCGGGUCGAAAAAGGCGCCAACCACAUCCGGCGGAUCCGGUGCACGCAGUUCAGCGUCCAAAAGUGAGCGCCGCCGGACGAAGGCCCGCCGCCAGGGGGUGAUCGACGAGGACAACACUAGCCCCGUAUCGGGCACGAUCAUCCGCAAGCUCCAGGACGGGGAAGAGCUCGUGGUGCGUAAGGGCGAUAUCGAUCCAGCGUUCAACGUGGUCGAGAUUACGGACGAGGCGAAGGAGAUCCUGUCCAAGAUUGACAACAAGAUCGGGUCCUACCUGUGCCAGCUGUGCCGUGCGCUGUACGACGAUGCGUUCGGUUUGGCGCAGCACCGUUGCUCGCGCAUCGUACACAUCGAGUACCGGUGUUCCGAGUGUGACAAAGUGUUCAACUGUCCGGCCAAUCUGGCAUCGCACAAGCGCUGGCACAAACCGCGCGGAAUGGCGACCGAUGGAAGGAAGGGGACCGGUACGAGGAAUGCUACUGCCCGCCAGGAAGAACGUGCGGUCGAGGAGGAACCGAUCGAAAUACUCGACAACUCGAACGAUAACCAUCAGCAUCAGCAGCCGGUGCCAGCAGGUGCUACUAGUGCAGCGCCGGAAGAAGAGUCGUAUCCCUGUGGCCAGUGUGGGAAAACUUUUCGCAGGCAAAGCUAUCUAAAGAAGCACGCCGCCUCACACCAGCUGGAGCCAGCGUUGCUGCGUAACAUGGAUGUACGAUCAACGGCACUGAACAGUAGCACCUUCUGUGGUCCCGCAGUCUCUUCCAGCUCCGCCACAACCGUCACUUCCCUUGGUGCUCCAUUCUCCACCGGUCAUCAUUUGUUGGCCACGCCAGGGUCUGCUGGCGGAAGCUUUGCUGCCGCGUUCGACAAGCUGACGCGCCCACUGGCAGCCCCGAGUUCCGUCGGAGCUUCGGCUCUGUUUCCCUUUGCCGCCUGUUACGGUGGUAUGGCCUCGCUGGCCAACGGGAGUGCUGUUGCUGGUGGAACGAAUGGUGCAUCCAUUGGUCCAAAUGUUUCACCUUACAGUGAGCUGGAAAAACGACGCUGGCAGUCGCUCGGUGAGCUGUACCUGCAGCAACGGGAACGGCUGUCCGCGUUCCAGUACGUCAGGCAGCAUCAGUACGAGGAUUACUUGAAAUGCUUUCAUCCAUUUCAGUUUGGCCGCGAUAAAACCUGACCCAACAUUCUGCGGCCAGUACCACGGCUGGCCGCAGCACCUCUCUGGCCAACGACGCAUUCCAAUCAACUUCCUGUGACUGCAACAACAACAUCAGC